AUGCUAACCGAAGAGACCAACGCAAAUAGCAAUAGCCCCAAUACAGUGGCUAAAAUUCAGCCAGCCAUAGCUACGUCGGUUGAAAUUCAACAAUUUACUGCUUAUUUACUUCGUGUAGUUCCAUUGGCUACUGAUUUAAAUUCGACAAGCGAAAUUGAUGCGUUUCAACAAGCUCUACAGGAAAAUCCAUCGACUACUGAUGGAAUACGAAGGUUUCUAAGUGAUCCGCAAUGUGUCGUUUUUUUCAUUCGUAUUAUUCAACAAGGCAAAGACGAAGAACAAGAUGGUGCUGAUAAUACGGAAACAAAUGGUUCAAAUUCAAUUCAAUUUGAAUUUUCCACGGAAACAACAUAUGCUGGACAAAAAGGGAUGAGUGUGGCACUAAUAAAAAUAACACCAACAAUUGAUAUGGAUAAAAAAAUAUCUCAACAAAUUCAUUUUGCCACAUUUACAAAUCGAGCACCAGCAGAAGUAUUUCGAACAUUUCUUACGCAGGCAAUGACACCUUAUUUAAAAAGUUUUCUUCGUCAACAAAAAGAAAGGGAUCGUGAAAAAUCAGUUGUUGUUCUCGAAGAAAAACUAAAUGAAUUAGAGGCAAAUCUAUUACAAAUGAAUCAAACAGUUAGCAUUCCCAAUGUUAAUCUUAUUCCGCACGCGUCAAUCAGUCAAGCACUUCGACAAUGUCAAGAAAAGCAUGAACGACCGAAUGUUGAUUUAUUUCGGGAAAAAGUUGAGGAUUCAAAUUUUCUCAAUCAAUUACAGGCAACUGUAAAUCGAUGGAUAAGAGAGAUUCAAAAGGUAACAAAACUUGAACGCGAUCCAUCGACAGGUUCAGCUAUGCAGGAAACAACAUUUUGGUUAAAUAUCGAACGUGCAUUAUAUAAAAUUCAAGAGCAAAUGACUAGUCCCGAAGUCUUAUUAACAUUGGACGCAUUGAAACUUGGUAAACGUUUUCAUGCAACAAUUAGUUUUGAUUCGGAUACUGGUUUAAAAGAGGCAAUGGAUAAAGUGAAGAAUUAUAAUUUACUAAUGAAAGAUUUUCCUAUUCACGAUCUUUUAUCGGCAAAUGAUUUACCGAAAGUAAAAAAUGCAAUAGCAGUUGUUUUCAAUCAUUUGAAACGUGUUCGAAAUACUCGCUAUCCAGUGAAUAGAAUUUUACGUUUUAUUGAAGCUAUUUCACGAGAUUUGAAUGCACAAAUGAUUAAAAUUCUUUCGACAAAACGUUUAGUUGAAAUUCCAUUCGAUAAGUUCGAUGAAAUUUUAAAUGAAUGUAUGGAAAUUUUUUCACUUUGGGAUGAAGAAUAUGAAAAAUGUCAAACGUUACUGCGAGAUAUGACGAAAAAAAAUGUUGUUACCGCUCAACAACUCAAACAAGCUUGGAAAAUAACACCAGAACAUAAAAAAUUACAAGCACGCUUGGAAGAUCUGCGACAAUUUCGUCGUCAACAUGAACAAUUUCGAUCGGUCAUUGAACGUCUUCUAUCGAAACAACAAAAGCAGAUCGUUGAUCCAUCAAUGCCCAACGUUCAUCUCGUUGAUCAAUCUGAUUCGAGUGCUGUGGAAGAAAUUCAUGAAGCUUUUGAAAGUUUUAAACAUAUUAAUAUUCUCGAAUGUUCUCCCGAAGGUACCGAAAUCUGGACGAAUACAAUAAAAAUUUAUGAAGAACGCAUUGAAAAAGUUGAACGUCGUAUAACAACGCGUCUUCGUGAACAACUAGCCAAAGCUCGUAAUGCUAGCGAAAUGUUUCAAAUAUUUGCACGUUUCCAUGAUUUACUCAUACGACAACAUAUAAGAAAUGCUAUCAGAGAAUAUCAAACACAAUUGAUUCAACGUGUUAAAAUAGAUAUUGAUAAAUUACACGAAAAAUUUAAGGCAAAAUAUUCAGCAAGUAAAGCAAUGAAAAUGAGUCGAAUAACUGUUGACAUACCGAUAACAACUGGCUCAAUUAUUUGGGCUAGACAAAUAGAAAAGCAACUUAUGAGAUAUUUAAAACGUGUUGAAGAUGUUCUUGGAGCCGGCUGGGAAAAGCAUGUUGAUGGGCAACGUUUAAAAUUUGAAGGCGAUAGUUUUAAACAACGUCUUAAUACAGGUCCGAUCUUUGAAGAUUGGCUUGAAAAGGUUGCAAGAAAAAAUAUGAGUGUUACUGGUUUUAUCUUUAGUAUUGAAACAGUGCGAGCAACAAAAGGAACAAUCCUUAGAUUAAGAGUUAACUUUACACCAGAAAUAAUUAUGUUAAUAAAAGAGGUACGUAAUUUAAAAUGGCUUGGUUAUCGAGUACCAUUGCCAAUAGUUAAUAAAGCUCAUCAAGCUAAUCAAACUUAUCCGUAUGCUAUUGGUCUACUUGAAAGCGUUCGAGCUUAUGAAUUAUCAAGUACAAAGGUAAAUACUGAACACGGACAUGAGUAUUUGGUUGGCAGUAUGAAAAAAGAUAUUCAAAAUUUAAUUGUUGAAGGAACAAAAUUAACUUGGGAAUCAUAUAAACUGGAGCCCUAUGCUCAACGAUGUUUCGAAGCAUUUGCAAAUUAUAAUGAAAACAUUGAAGAAAUUCUUCGUUUAGAUGAUUUAAUGUUUACAUAUAUUAAUCAAUUAGAUGAAUGUGAAUAUCGAUUCGAUGCGUUUGCUGAAUUAUUACAACAAGCACAAAAGCUCGUCGAUGAAUUUUGUUUACAUGAUUAUUCAAAUUUUCCGAAAUGGAUUCAAACCAUUGAUGAAAAAGUCGAAAGAAAAUUAUUUGAUCGUUUACAAACAGCUAUUUCAUUAUGGAAACAAGCAUUAAUUAAACAUGAAAAAGGAAAAUUGAAAAGUAAACAACGAAUGCGAUUAAAAAAAAUUGUUCUUGAAAUUCGUGUUGUCAAUCAAAUGGUAGUCUUAGUUCCGCCAUUUGAAUCGGCUCGUGAACAAUUGUUUAAUUCAUUUUUUGAUUGUGAAUCAAUUGUUACGUUGCAAAAACGAAUUAAAAAUAGUCGUUAUCAAGUGAAUGCUGAUAUGGAAAUGCAAGAAGAAGAUCUAACAUAUAAUGAUAUAUUUGUCAAGUAUCAUGAACAAAGUAGUCUAUCAAUUGGGGAAGCUUAUCAAACUAUUGAAGAGUUACUUGUUGAAGCAGAAACUUAUUUUCAAGGUUGGCUGAAAUAUCAAGUCCUUUGGGAUUUAGAGCCCAAUGAUGUGUUUCAACGAUUAGGCGAUAAUAUUCAAUCGUGGUUCGAAUGUUUAAAAGAUAUUAAAGAAUCUCGUCAAACACUUGAUACUCAAGAGACAUACAAAGCAUUUGGUCCAUUAAUCAUUGAUUUUUCAAAAAUUCAAUCGAAAAUCGGUGUUAAAUACGAUAAUUGGCAUCAAGAUGUCCUUCGAAAAUUCGGACAAAUCAUACAAACCGUUGCCACCGAAUUUCACACAAAUAUUUCUGAGUAUCGAAAUAAUCUUGAAACGAAAUCUGUCGAGUCUGGUAAUCUGGAUGAUAGCGUACAAUUAAUUGAUACAAUCGAAACAGUUCGACAAACACAAGCUGACGAUGAAAUUAAAAUGAAACACUUAUUAGAAGCACAACGUUUACUUGAACGACAACGUUAUUCAUUUCCAGAUAAUUGGACAUCAGUGGAUACGAUUCAGAAUUCGUGGACAUCGAUGAAUGAUAUUCUUAAACGAAAGGAACAAGUUAUUGAAACAAAAUUGCAUAAAAUUCAAGAAAACGUACGAGCAGAAGUACAAACUAUGGACACGAAAACAAAAGAAAUUCUUGAAGAUUGGGCGACGAAAAAACCGAUUGGUGGUGAUUUGAAACCUCAUGAUGCUAUUCGUCAAUUAGCUCAAUAUGAAAGUAAACUCAAUGAACAAUUAGAGAAACGAACAAAUCUUAAUAAAGCCAAACAAAGUGUUAAAAUGCAAGAAUCAGGACAUGUCGAUCAUCUCGAAAAACGUUUACGUGCUGAUCUUGUUGAACUUGAUGAAAUUCGUAAUGUUUGGAAAUCACUUGAGAAUGUUUGCAAUCGAUUAGAAGAAUUAAAAGACACCCAAUGGAUAACUGUUCAACCUAAAAAAUUGAAAACUAGUAUUGAAGAACUGCUUUCAUUGAUGUCGGCUAUGGUACCAUCGGUUAAAAAUUAUCAUUCCUACCAUGCUGUUAAAAGUAACAUUGAAAGUUAUCUUAAAAUGAUACCUUUUAUAAGUGAAUUAAAAUCUGAAGCACUAAAAGAUCGCCAUUGGAAGGAGAUGAUUAAAAUUCUUGAUCUAACAACAACAUGGAGUAAUAUGUCUGAUUUAACAUUACGAGACAUAUGGGAUCAAGCAGAUAAUUUAAAGAAAGCUGAACACCUAUUACGCGAUGUUAUGAUUAAUGCUCAAGGUGAAAAAGCGUUAGAAGAAUUUCUAAAGCAAAUAAGCGAACAAUGGAAAAUCUAUCAAUUAGAAUUAAUUGAUUAUCAAAAGAAAUGUAAAGUUAUUAAAAGUUGGGACGAUUUAUUUACUAAAGCAAAAGAAAAUUUAAGUAAUAUUCUAAGCAUGAAGCUAUCUCCAUAUUUUAAAUCAUUCGAAGCUGAAACACUUUCAUGGGAAGAUAAACUUAAUCGUAUUAUUAACAUAUUCGAUAUUUGGAUUGAUGUUCAAAGACGUUGGAUAUAUCUCGAAGGCAUAUUUACUUCAUCGGCUGAUAUUGCACAAUUAUUACCAAAUGAAUCACAAAAAUUUCAAAGUGUAGCCAAUGAAUUUGUUGGUUUAUUAAAAAAAGUUGAAAAAUCUCCAUUAGUAUUAGAUGUUAUUGCUAUACCCAAUGUACAAAAGUUACUUGAACGUUUAGCAGAAUCAUUAACAAAAAUACAAAAAGCACUCGGAGAAUAUCUUGAACGACAACGUGCAGCUUUUCCAAGAUUCUAUUUUAUUGGUGAUGAAGAUUUAUUAGAAAUGAUUGGCAAUUCAAAUAACUUGGUACGUUUACAGAAACACUUUAAAAAAAUGUUUGCGGGCGUUCAUUCGUUGAUUAUCAAUGAAAACGAUCCAGGAUUAAUAGACGGCGUUCAAUCGAAAGAAGGUGAAGAAGUGAAAUUUUUCAAUCCCAUUUCGAUCAAACAACACCCUAAUAUUAAUGACUGGUUAACUAGAGUUGAAAAAGAAAUUAGUUUAACUUUAGCUAAAUUACUUGCACAAUCCAUUCCAGAAUUACUUACUAUUCAAAAGAAUUCCAAUGAUAAACAAGGAUUUAUUGAUUGGCUUGAUCAAUAUCAAGCUCAAUUGGUUGUUCUUGCAUUUCAAGUGUCUUGGUCAGAAAAUAUUCAAGAUCUAUUGAGUCGCAAGAGCAAUAUUGACUUACAACCAGCACUUGGCCAAAUUGAAUCCACACUUGGUAUGUUAGCUGAUUUAGUUCUUGCUGAUCAGCCUAUUGUAAGACGUCGAAAACUUGAACAUUUGAUCAUUGAACACGUUCAUAAACGUGAUGUAACUCGCGCAUUAAUUGAUAAAAAAGUCAAUACGCCAACGAAUUUCGAAUGGCUUGCACAGAUGCGUUUAUAUUUUGAACCAAAACAUGAAAAUGUUCUUGAACAACUUAAAAUUCGAAUGGCCAAUGCAGAAUUUCACUAUGGAUUCGAAUAUCUUGGUUUACAAGAUCGUCUUGUUCAAACACCAUUAACCGAUCGAUGUUUCCUAACAAUGACACAAGCUCUUCAUGCAAAAUUCGGUGGUUCGCCAUUUGGACCAGCUGGAACGGGAAAAACAGAAUCAGUCAAGGCACUUGGCAAUGCUCUUGGUCGAUUUGUACUUGUAUUUAAUUGUGAUGAAGCAUUUGACUUCCAAGCCAUGGGUCGUAUAUUUGUUGGACUAUGUCAAGUGGGUGCAUGGGGCUGUUUUGAUGAAUUUAAUCGUCUAGAAGAACGUAUGCUAUCGGCUGUAUCACAACAAAUUCAAACCAUUCAAGAAGCACUUCGUCAACAAUCGGGAUCGAAUAAAAGUACAUUAAAAAUUGAGCUUGUUGGCAAAAGCGUUACAGUUAAUUCAAAUAUGGCAAUUUUUAUUACUAUGAAUCCUGGUUAUGCUGGUCGUUCGAAUUUACCAGAUAAUCUUAAAAUGCUCUUUCGUAGUUUAGCUAUGACUGUGCCCGAUAAGGUUCUUAUUGCACAAGUUAUGCUGUAUUCUCAAGGCUUUCGUCAAGCUGAAAUUUUAUCGAAAAAAAUUGUUCCUCUAUUUACGCUCCUAAGCGAACAACUAUCGAGUCAGUCGCAUUAUGAUUUUGGUUUACGUUCACUUAAAAGUGUUCUUGUUAUGGCUGGAAAUAUAAAACGUGAAAGAAUAAAAAAUGAUAUUCAAAAUGAUAAUGAACAAGAAAUUGUUAUUCAAGCAAUCAUGGAUAGUUUUGUACCACGUCUUGUUGCUGAGGAUUUAAUUCUAUUGAAUAGUUUGCUAAAUGAUGUUUUUCCAAAUGCAACAUAUAAUCGACCGGCAAUGACGCGUCUCAGAGAAGAAAUUGAAAAUGUUGCUAAACAGAUGUUUCUUGUUUGUGAUCAAUUAUGGACUGAAAAAGUCCUACAAUUGUAUCAAAUAACUAAUCUUAAUCAUGGUCUGAUGUUAGUUGGGCCAACUUGUUGUGGAAAAACAACGGCAUGGCGUGUUUUAUUAACUGCAUUAAAUCGAAUUGAAAAUUCGGAUGGUCAAGCGCAUAUUAUUGAUCCAAAAGCAAUAUCAAAAGAUGACCUCUAUGGAUACAUGGAUCAAAAUACACGAGAAUGGACCGAUGGCUUAUUUACACAUAUUUUACGUAAAAUAAUUGAUAAUGUACGUGGUGAACUAUCUAAACGUCAAUGGAUUAUAUUUGAUGGUGAUGUUGAUCCUGAAUGGGUUGAAAAUUUAAAUUCAGUUCUUGACGAUAAUAAAUUAUUAACUUUACCCAACGGUGAACGUCUUGGUUUGCCAGCUAAUGUUCGAAUAAUGUUUGAAGUACAAGAUUUACGUCAUGCAACAUUAGCUACAGUUUCUCGUACGGGCAUGGUCUGGUUUAAUCAAGAAACAGUAACAUCACCUAUGUUACUUCAAUGCUAUUUAAAUCGUAUUCGACAACAAUCUGUUUUCGAGGCUAUUAAUCAAGAUGAUCCAAAUAGUAAAGAUAAUAUUAUACAAUCGUCCGAAGAAAAUAAAACAAGUAUAUUAGAAAGACAAAAUCAUUUAGCUGAUCUGCUGGAACCGUAUUGUGAAAAAGAAAAUGGAUUAAUUCUUGACACAUUAGAAUUCGCAGAACAAAAACAAGUACAUAUUAUGGAUUUUCUACAAUCUCGAUGUUUACAAACACUGUUUUCGAUGUUCAACCAUGUUAUACGAACAAUUGUUAAACGACAAUUAUUUUCCAAUGAUCGUGCAACACCACUCACAGAGAGACAAAUAGAACAAUAUCUUAUUAAAUCUUUAAUUAUAUCAAUGAUUUGGUCAUUUUCAGGCGAUAGCAAAUUAAAAUAUCGACAACAGCUCGGUGAAUUUAUUAUGAAUACAAUUAAAAAUAAUAAUAUUGCACCACCAGCUGAUCGAAGUUUACCAAUUAUUGAUUUUGAAGUUAACUCUGAGGGUGAAUGGGAAUCUUGGCUGCUGAAAGUUCCAUCGAUUGAACUCGAAGGAAGUAAAGUUGAUGCAAGUGAUUUAGUUAUACCUACUAUAGAUACAAUUCGACAUGAAACACUUCUUUAUACAUGGCUCAAUGAACAUAAACCUCUUCUUCUGUGUGGCCCGCCAGGAAGUGGUAAAACAAUGACUUUAUUCAGUGCACUUCGUGCAUUACCAGCCUGUGAAGUUGUUGGUUUAAAUUUUUCGUCUGCUACAACACCUGAACUGAUUUUGAAAACAUUUUCACACUAUUGUGAAUAUAAAAAAACAGCAACAUCGGGUGUUGUUCUUGCCCCGAGUCAAUUAGGCAAAUGGAUUAUUGUGUUUUGUGAUGAAAUUAAUUUACCCGAUGAAGAUAAAUAUGGAACACAACGAGUUAUUUCAUUUCUACGACAAUGUGUUGAACACGGAGGAUUUUAUCGUACAUCAGAUCAUACAUGGAUACAUUUAGAAAGAAUUCAAUUUGUGGGUGCUUGUAAUCCACCGACGGAUCCUGGACGAAAACCAUUAUCACAUAGAUUUCUGCGUCAUUGUCCACUAAUCUAUGUGGAUUAUCCAGGUGAAAUAUCAUUAAAACAAAUUUAUGGUACAUUCAAUCGAGCAAUGUUAAAGAAAUUUAAUAAUAUGAAACCGUAUGGUGAUGCAUUGACGAAUGCCAUGGUUGAAUUCUUUCUUAUGACACAGGAACAAUUUACUGUUGAUCAACAACCUCAUUAUGUGUAUUCACCGAGAGAAAUGACUCGAUGGGUUCGAGGUAUUAAUGAAGCAAUCCGCCAUAUAAAAGAUUUAAGUCCAGAAGAAUUAGUUCGAUUAUGGGGCCACGAAGCUUUACGUUUAUUUCAUGAUCGAUUGAUCUAUGAUUAUGAACGUCAAUGGACAGAAAAGGCAAUUGAUGAUACAGCAGCUCGACAUUUUAGCAAUGUGAAUUUGAAUGUGGCUCUAAAACGACCGAUUCUAUUCAGUGAUUGGCGCGCUGGACAUUAUGCAUCCAUCGAGGAAGAUGAAUUACGUCAAUAUAUUCACGAACGAUUGAAAAUAUAUUAUGAAGAAGAAGUCGGAAUUCAAUUAGUACUGUUUAAUCAAGUUCUUGAUCAAGUCUUACGAAUUGAUCGAGUAUUUCGACAACCACAAGGUCAUUUAUUACUCAUUGGUUUAUCAGGUACCGGUAAAGCAACACUGUGUCGAUUUGUUGCAUGGCUGAAUCAAAUCAACUUUGUUCAACUGAAAGUACAUAACAGAUAUACGGCUGCUGAUUUCGAUGAUGAUUUACGUCAUUUAUUACGACGUUCAGGUUGUAAAGGCGAUAAAAUUGUUUUUCUACUUGAUGAAUCCAAUGUGAUGGAUAGUAGUUUUCUUGAACGAAUGAAUACUUUAUUGGCCAAUGGUGAAGUACCGGGUUUAUUUGAAGGUGAUGAAUAUUCAGCCCUUUUAACUUUGUGUAAAGAAGGUGCGCAAAAACAAGGUCUUAUGCUAGAUUCAAACGAUGAAUUAUACAAAUGGUUUACUAUACAAGUGAUGAGAAAUCUUCAUGUUGUUUUUACAAUGAAUCCAAGUGCAAACGGUUUACGUGAUCGAGCAUCGACAUCGCCUGCUUUAUUUAAUCGUUGUGUGCUUGAUUGGCUAGGUGAUUGGUCACUGGAUGCCUACUAUCAUGUGGCUAGUGAAUUAACUCAAAAAGUUGCUAUGGAAAAGGCUGAUUAUAUCGCUCCGAAAACAUUACCUCGUUUAGUUUCUAGUCUCCCAGUCGAGCCAACAUAUCGUGAUGCAAUAACAAAUGCAUUUGUUUUUGUUCAUCAAUCAUUACAUAAAUUAAAUGAUACAUUACGUAAACGGGGUUCAACCAAUAAGACAAUUGUUAUUACUCCAAGUCAUUUUUUGGAUGCGAUUCAACAUUUUAUUAAAAUCACAGCAGAAAAACGAACGGAAAUCGAAGAAACACGUCAACAUUUAAUGGUUGGUCUGGCAAAAAUUCAUGAAACUGUCGUUCAAGUUGAACAAUUGCAAACGUCGUUAGCACACAAACGAAAAGAACUCAAUGAUAAAAAUGAAGAAGCUAAUUUGAAAUUGAAACAAAUGGUUCAUGAUCAACAGGAAGCUGAAAAGAAACGUAUCAGUUCGCAAGAAUUACAAAUUGUUUUAACUCAACAACAAGAACAAAUUGUUAUAAAACGAAAAACAGUGAUGGAAGAUUUAGAUAAAGUAGAACCAGCUGUCCAAGAAGCUCAACAAGCUGUGAAAUCGAUUAAAAAACAAAAUUUAGUUGAAAUAAAAAAUCUAAAUAAUCCACCGCAGGGCGUUAAAUUAACACUUGAAUCCAUAUGUUUAUUACUCGGCGAAGAAACAACCGAUUGGAAAUCUAUUCGUAGUAUUAUCAUGCGCGAGAAUUUCAUUGCAACUAUUGUUAAUUUCAAUACUGAUGAUGUCACGCCUUCAAUUGCAAAUAAAAUGAAAACAAGAUAUAUUAGUAAUCCUGAUUAUUCCUACGAUAAAGUAAAUCGUGCGUCAGUUGCAUGCGGUCCAUUGGUGAAAUGGGCAAUAGCACAAUUAACUUACGCUGAUAUGUUAAGUAAAGUUGAACCAUUGCGAAAUGAAUUGAAAAGUUUAGAAAAAGAAGCCGAACAAAAAGUUGCUGAUAUGCAAAAAACAAACGAUUUAAUAGCAACACUUGAAACAAGUAUUGCUCAAUACAAAACUGAAUAUGCCGAUCUAAUAUCAGCUGCACAGGCGAUUAAAAUUGAUCUGUCACAAGUUGAAUCGAAAGUUGAACGAUCCAUUGCAUUAAUAAAAAAUUUAAGUUUAGAAAAAAUGCGUUGGGAAACGACAAGUGAAAACUAUCAAACACAACUAGCAACAUUAAUUGGCGAUGGAUUUUUAAUUUCAACAUUUUUAGCUUACACUGGCUAUUUCGAUCAAAUGACAAGACAAAUACUUUUUCAACAAUGGCAAAGCUAUUUCAAUAAAGCUAAAAUUCCGUAUAAACAUGAUUUAGCACGCGUUGAAUACGUAUCCAGUGCCGACGAAAGACUUCGAUGGGAGAUGAAUAUGCUACCAAGUGAUGAUCUAUGUCGCGAGAAUGCUGUUAUGCUAAAACGUUUUACUCGUUAUCCAUUGAUUAUCGACCCGAGUGGUCAAGCUUUAGAAUUUCUUUAUCGUGAAUAUCAAGAAAAAAAUAUUGUUCAAACAAGUUUCAUGGAUGUAAAUUUUCGUAAACAAUUAGAAAGUGCACUUCGUUUUGGUACCACAUUAUUUUUGCAUGAUGCUGAAAAUUUUGAUCCUUUAAUUAAUCCUGUGCUUAAUCGUGAUCUUCGACGAAUGUCUGGCCGUGUUCUGAUUAGUAUUGGUGAUAAAGAUAUUGAUUUUUCACCGACAUUUCGCAUGUUUCUUUUUACACGUGACGCUGACGCAGAUUUCGGACCUGACAUAUGUUCACGUGUAACAUUUGUCAAUUUUACAGUAACCCGAUCGAGUUUACAAUCGCAAUGUUUAUAUAAAAUUUUAAGAUCUGAACGUCCGGAUAUCGAUUCAAAACGAUCGGAUUUAAUGAAAUUACAAGGAGAAUUUGCAGCAAAACUACGUCAUUUAGAAGACAAUUUGCUGAAAGUAUUAAAUGAAUCGGAAGGAACUAUACUCGAUAAUGACAAAGUAAUUUCAACAUUGGAAAAAAUAAAAACUGAAGCAUCAGAAAUCAUGAAAAAAGUUGAAGAAACUGACAUUAUUUUGAAUGAAGUUGAAAAAGUCUCACAAGAAUAUUUACCCAUGGGUAAAGCAUGCAGUAGUAUUUUCUUUACGCUUUCAUCAUUAUCAACGAUUCAUUUUCUUUAUCAAUAUUCAUUACGAUUUUUCAUGGAUAUCUUCGAGCAUGUUCUCUAUCAUAAUACACGUCUUGAAUCUAUAACUGAUCCAGCACAACGAUUAGAUAUAAUAUUAAAAAGUUUAUUCGAAACCAUAUUUAUUCGUGUUUCACGUGGAAUGUUACAUCGCGAUCGAAUAACAUUAGCUGUUCAAUUAACAAGAAUUUAUCUAAAAAAUAUUGUUGGUAAUCAUAUGACAUUUGAAAAUGAAUUCUUUGAAAUGGCUCAAGCAUUAGAAGAGAAUACUGAUAUGGUUCAUAUUGAAAAUAAAUUGGCUGAUCCUCAGAAACGUGCAUUAUCACAUUUGACAAAAAAUGUUCCAUCAUUUAAAAAUCUUGAACGACACAUUUCAUCGAAUGCCGAUACAUUUGAUAAAUGGCUAAAUAGCAAUGAUAAUGCAAGUAAAGUUCCUGUUGUUUGGGAUAAUGCGACGAAUGAAAUAAGUACUGCUGUAUACUCAAUGUUAUUGACGCGCGCUGCUCGGCCUGAUCGUUUAAUCGUUGCAGCAAAAUUAUUUGUUGAAAGUGUUUUCGGAUCUGAAUUCGUUCAGAGAGCAGAUGCACUUUUGAAUUUAGAACAAAUAACGAAUGAAGAAAUUCAUGGUCUAACCCCUGUUCUACUUUGUUCCGUACCUGGCCAUGAUGCGUCGAAUCGUGUUGAAGAACUAGCAACCAGUUUGAAUAAAAAUCUAACUGCUAUUGCUAUUGGUUCUGCUGAAGGUUUUUCACUUGCCGAACAAGCUAUUAAUGCAGCUGCUAAACAAGGCAAUUGGGUUCUUUUAAAAAAUGUUCAUUUAGCACCUCAAUGGUUGAAAGAAUUAGAAAAAAAAUUACAUUCAUUAAAACCACACGAUGCAUUCCGUUUAUUUUUAUCGACAGAAAUUCAUCCAAAACUUCCUACAAGUUUAUUACGCAUGGGUUUAUGUUUAGUAUUUGAACCAGCAACUGGUGUUCGUGCAAGAUUAACAAGAACCUUAAAUGAAUUCUCAGAAAAUCGUAUGGAACGAGUACCGCAUAUACGAGCAAAAGCUUAUUUUCGACUUGCAUGGCUGCAUGCACUCGUUACAGAACGUUCACGUUAUACACCAUUAGGUUGGUCGAAAUAUUAUGAAAUCAAUGAAAGUGAUCUUCGAUUUGCUUGUGAUUCCAUCGAUCAAUGGAUUCGUAAUGAAGGACAAGACGAUAUUGCAUGGGAUGCUCUGCAAUAUUUAAUUGCUUCUUGUAUCUAUGGUGGACGACUUGAUAAUCGAUUUGAUCAACGUCUCUUAGCUUCUUUUGUUACGAAAUUAUUUUGUCAAGAAAGUUUAGAUGCUUCGUAUCCAUUGAUUAAAGAUGACGAGUCUUCAUUAUUGGUACCAAUGCCUCAAGAUAAGACAAAAAAUAAAUAUAUAGAAUGGAUCAAACAACUGCCAUCAAAUGAAAAACCAACAUGGCUUGGUCUACCUGACAAUGCUGAGAAAGUACUAUUGAUUAGUCAAGGUAGUAAAUUUACAGUUGACCUUUUAAAAUGUGACCAAAGCGAUGAAAAUACACUUGUUAUUGACUUCGAUGCCGGUGAUCACAAAGAUGAAGAUGAUAGUAGUGGACGUCCCGCAUGGAUGGUACACGUACAACAUACAACAGAUAGUUGGCUUAAAUCAUUACCAAAGACUUUACCAUCAAUGACGCGUACAUCAGAAAAUAUAAAAGAUCCAUUAUUUCGAUGUGUUGAACGUGAAGUUACUUUUGCUGCUAAUCUUCUUCAUUUAGUACGUCAAGAUCUUGCUGAUGUGCAAGGGGUAUGCGAUGGCAGUAAAAAACAAACCAACGAUACACGUGAUCUACUAAAUAAUCUAUCUAAAGGUAUUACACCGCCAACAUGGAAGAAAUAUCGUGUUCCACCACUUAUCAGUGCUAUGCAAUGGAUGUCGGAUUAUGUAGCUCGUUUGAAACAACUCGACAAAUUAGUUACAUUAACAAUAAACGAAGGUGUUCAAUCAUUACGCUAUGUAAAAAUGUGGCUUGGUGGAUUAUUUACACCAGAAGCUUAUCUUACUGCAACACGUCAAUGUGCAGCUCAAUCAUUACAUGUCUCAUUGGAAGAACUUAAUAUGAAUGUGCAAAUGCUUGAUCAAUCCUCACAAGCAAAUUCGAAUAAAGAAAAUAUUUUUUUUAUUACUGGUUUGAAAUUACAAGGUGCUUCAUGUCGUAAUAAUGCACUAUUUUAUUCAAGUUCAAUUAUGGAUGAUAUUCCUCUUUUGGCCAUAGAAUGGAAAAUGCCUAAUAGUACGACUUCAGCAGCGAAAACGAAUGAUCAACAGGAAGUAACUCUUCCAGUUUAUGGUAAUGGUCUUCGUACAGAAUUACUCUGUACGAUUAAUGUUAAAGCUGGUCAAGCGAAUACUUCGGAAUUUCAUUUCUAUGAACGAGGUGUGGCUGUAUUGGCUUCAGUGCUUGAAUAA